GAGUCACUUGUAAAGUGCAAGUUGGUGUUCUUAGUGGAAGUUCGUGGAACAUGGCUGAGGAUAAGGAGGAAGUGAAAUAUUACCGACUGGAAGAGUUAAAGCAGCAUAGCAGCGGUAACAGCGCGUGGAUUCACGUUAAUAACAAAAUAUAUGACGUGACCAAAUUUCUGGACCAGCAUCCAGGUGGUGAAGAAGUGCUGAAAGAACAAGCAGGAGAUGAUGCUACAGAAGCCUUUGAAGACGUUGGUCAUUCUGCUGAUGCACGUGAAAUGACCAAGCAGUACCUCAUUGGAGAGCUUCACCCUGAUGACAGAGGUGCUUUUGUAAAGCCAAAGGAGCCACUUGUUAUUGUAGAGUCAAGCGAGCCAAGCUGGUGGUCUGGCUGGAUGGUCCCAGCGAUAGCAGGUGUGACUGUUGCUCUCUUGUAUCGCAUUCUUAUUGCAGAUCUCUGAAUGCAACACACAGAGGAAAUUGGCACUACUUUGCAUUUACUGAAAUCCAUUCAAAUAAUUUCUAAAGAUAGAAAUUACUUCCAUGGAAGGAAUUUUGGAGCCCAAAAAGUAAUUGCAAGCCCGUACUUCUGCAUAAAAUGCUUAUCAUGCCAAUAUUGAGUUGUGCUAUUUCUGUUUCGGUAUCGGUUCCCCAGCUGAUGUUUGGUUUCCUGAAAUUGGUUAAUGAGGGAUCCAAUAUUUCAAGAAUUUCUUGAGAAAUGGGUUUGCAGUAUAGCAGGUACCAGCCUUGAGUAUGUGGCGGGGAGAUUAAUGGAAUUUCGGUUAGGGUAAUAAUGGUCCUGACUUAGUCUGUGAUUGAAGUCGCCAGAGAGAUACUGACACUGGUGAUAUAAAGUCUUUAUUCAUCACAAUAAGCAGGCAUUCUGUUGGAGACACUUGUGGUAGAGUCUCAAACCCAUUUUUUUUUUUAAUACCCUUAAAAUCCAUGCAGGUGAUUCAAUAAAAUUUCAAUAUUUACAAUGACGUGUUUACUUCAAUAUUUUGGGUUGGCAAUGCUUCCUUUGAUUUAUGUAUCUAUAUAGACGAAAAUGCCUCUGAAUGUUCAAACACUUGUACAAAAUAAUUUGCACAAAUAGCCUAAAACUUUCUGGGGAACAGGAAUCCCAGACAUCCAAAAUUAGUGUUCCAAGGAACACACGCAAAAUGCUGAAGGGACUCAGCAGGCCAGGCAGCAUCUUUGGGGGUGGGGGGGGGGGGGUCGAGAGUACAGUUGACAUUUCGUGCCAAUACCCUUUGGCAGGACUCUGAGUCCUGCUGAAAUGUCUUGGGCCAAGACAUCGCCGUACUGCUUUUCCAUAGAUGCUGCCUGGCCUGCUGUGUUCUUCCAGUAUUUUGUGUGUGUGUUGCUUGGAUUUCCAGCAUCUGCAGAUUUCUUUGUUUGUUAAUGUUCCAACGCUUUUCUCUGAGUACCCCCCCCCAUGUGCAUAUGCAAACAUCUCAUGGUCUCCAUUUUGCAAACUGUGGGCCAACCUGUGCUCCAGACGUGUAAAGGUAUGCUUUUCUUAAACUUCGAUUGCUGCUUUCAAUUUACAAUCCAUGUUAAGUACUGAAGACUGAUCUUGUGAUCGAAGUAAUAUCUGCUACAUUCACAUAACUCUGGAAUACUCCAUUACAUUGACAAUUGUCCACUUAGUCCCAUUGCUCAAGCUAAUCUUCACCUGGAAGCCUACCCUAGGAUCACUGCUUCGAGCCCAUAAUGCUCUUUCAUGGAUAAAUCACCUGAGAAUACAUGAGAAGUCCUGGCAGUUUUCCCUGCAGAUGCUGAUUUUAAAAACCCAAGGAACAGGUUUGCACUCAAUUGUAUUUAUUAUUAGGACCACAAUAUAGACAGUUUUUUUUUCUUCUGUAGCCAAUAUUUAUUUUGAUCUAAUGAACUUGCCUGGCUGGACUAUGCCAUUGUUUAUUCUCUGCAAAUGGCUACCACUUGCUGUUGCCUUUUCCAUCCAGAAUCAUAACCCUAAAUUCUCCCCCUUUCAUAAAUUUUCCUUGAAUUAACAAGAUUCCUCCUUCUUUAAUCCUUUUCACCCCAUGAGCAUAGGGCCUCAACAAAAGUCCUCCACUUCCUGCGAUCUCUAGCAGAUGAUUUUGCAGUCUCCCAAGUUUGGUCGGUGACUUUCAGUUCAUCCAAAACCCUACGCCUUAGGGUUUGCUUUGGGCGACCUCUUCUCCUCUUCCCUUGUGGAUUCUGUUCAAGUGAUUGUCAAGUGACAUUCAACUGGCUCUUCCUCAAGGUGUGGCCGACCCAUCUCCACUUCCUCCUCCUUAUCUGGAAUAUGAUGGGCUCUUGGUUUGCUCUCUUCCAUAGGUCUAGGUUUGACACUCUGUCGUACCACUUGAGGCGGAGGAUCUGCCGGAGGCAUUUGUUGAGAAAGGUCUGGAUCUUGUUGCAGCUGGUGUUAGUGAUUCUCCAUGUUUCAGAUCUAUAUAGCAGGAUGGCUUUCACAUUGGAGCUGAAUAUACGGAGCUUAGUUUUGACAGAGAUGGCCGUAGAUCUCCAAACAGGUCGCAGGGUUGUGAAGGCAUGUUGGGCUUUUCCGAUCCUUGCUCUGAUGUCCUCAUCUGUACCUCCUGAUUUACUGAUUUUUGCUUCCGAGGUAGGUGAAUUUGUCUACGUCUUCAACUAUUUGUCCUUCAAUCCGUAAUGGCUCCUCUUGUUUGUUAUUAAUGCGUAGAACUUUGGUCUUCUCCUGACUGAUCUUAAGGCCUACUCACUGUGAGGUCUCUCCCAAGGAAUCUACUUUCUUCUGCAUAUCUUGAAGCUGGUGUGAGAGAAUAGCAAGAUCAUCUGCAAAUGCCAGGUCUUCCAAUUUCCCUGUUAACGUCCAUUGGAUGCCUCCCUGAGCCAGCAUAUGCUAUUCUUGUAGCCCAGUCGAGUACCACAAGAAAAAGUAGAGGCAACAGCAGGCCUGCACUGUGGCCAAUAGUCCCAGACUUCUGUCCUUUUAUCCCCUAAUAAUGCUAUCAAGCAUAUUUCUCACAUUUGGUUUAUAAUCUAUACCUUGCCAAUUGGCUACUUUGACACUACAACUUUUAUUGAAAAAGCAUUGAAAACAAUUUAGCUUGCUCCAUGCCUUUGGCCUGCUUAGGAGGGAGUGCCGAGUGAAUUUUGAAUUAUUCCAUUUUAGUUUUGAACUCUGACUGCUUAACAUUUGCCAAAAUCUCCGAGCCUAAGUUUUGUUCACAGUAAUUAUGCUUGGUGUUGACUACUGCAUUGUGUUCUUGUUUCAUUUACCUGAGUAAUGUAUGUCUAUGGGAAUGCAGAAUAAUAAAUGUAUAGAUUUUUCUGUCUGCAUUUAAGAGGCUAGAUAUAUUUUAUAAUUGUGUUGAAUGGCCUGUUCAAAAUUGCAUAGAAUUACUUCAUCUAUUCUAACUGAGCCAUAUUUUGUAUACUCUGUUCAACUUCACUGUCUUCCCAAAAUGCCCCACAAUCAUCAUUUUCCCACAGGACAUCUAGUCUCCUCUAUGACUGCUGUGAUCAUUCCUUGUGGUUGCACUUCCACAUUCAAGUCAAUAAAUCCCUCAAUUUAAAAUUGCACUUGACUAAAAAUGGGCACCUCAGUGGCUUUGUCAAGAGUUUCUUUAGCUGAAAAAGAGUUUUAUAGCUUCCUGGUUCACUACAGUUCAGAAAUGCUACUUCUGCCAGUAAGGUUUUUACAUAAAGGAAAUGAGUAUACCCAACUGAGUUGUUCAACUGAGCAAAAGAGCAUUGAUGCAAUGAUGUGUAUGUGGGGGUAUUGAUUUAGUAUGAGAUGUGUGGAAUACGUUCUGUUGAUUUUUUUUUAACCCUGUGACUAAAUGAGGGGGGGAAAGCUAGGAAGUUCUAAUUAUUGUGAUGGUUUUGAGUUUGUGUUCUGAAUAUGAUAUGGAAAAUAGCAUCUGAUAUGGCAUUUGUUUUUUUUAAUUAGUAGAAAAUGGUUUUAAAAUCCUAUGUACAUUGGUGCAAGAUGGGUUGGAGAGGGAAAUGGCCAAUAUAAGAAGCCUUGCAUGAUUACACUCAACUAAGAGUUGUAAAUUGACUUUGAAACUUUAAGAGCAAUGAGAUUUGUGUGAUUAAUUAUUAAUUAUCAUAACUUGAUUAUCAUACUUGUUCCUGUUGGAAAGUUUUUUUUCUUGAUGAUUUGCUGCUGAAAUUCUUCAACAUUUCUCAAUGUGAUAUGCAAAGUAAUGCCAUUUUUAACUAAUGUCUGUUGGUUGGUGUAUGUUUGUAGCAUAUUUCUGAAGGUAAUUUUCCAUUAACCUUGCAACAGAAUAAUGUAUUGAUGAAGUGUAAAUAAAUACUGUAUUAAAA